AUGACGACCAUCGAGUCAGAACUCCCUGAGGGUGGUCUUCGUAUCGUCUGCAGCGGAGUGCAAGGCCCAACAGUCGACAUCGUGUCGAUUCCUAGUUUGCCACAACUUCUACCCUCGUACCAGCCUCGAGACCAGGAAUCAUGGAUCAGAGAUGUUUUCACCCAUCAAUUUCCAACUGCUCGAGUCAUCCUAUUCCACUACAACUUUGCAAAGCCGCCAGCAGCGGAAGCUUGUUGGCUGCAAAUCCUUCGAGAAGGGACUACACUAUUUUUUGGUGGAAUGGUACUCAAACAAGUUGGUCGUAUAAUGCUUAGUAAACCUUUAUGGGGCAACAAUUCUGACUUUUACGAGGCACUUCUGUCCGCAAGACAAAAUCCAGAAUUCAGUUCUAUUUUUGAAAGCACCAUCGGUGUUCUCUUCUUUGGCUGUAUCCAUAAUCACAGCCCUGCGACCUUUGAGACUACGUGUCUCAAGUGCGCAGCGCUUGAGAUGCAUAUCCCGCUGGUCAAGCAUGAAGUCAGUACGGCCUUGAAAGAUUGCGACAAGUGGGGCAUCCUGAAAGACACCCUGGACAAGUUCAGGCAGCUUGAUAUACAUUUCCCGAUCUGGAGUUAUUGUGAGAGUCGCAAGACGUCUUACAAGACUCACAGACUUCGGCCAGCCGAAUCAUCAAUCCUUUGCACUGAACCACUUGCACGUCUCAACAUAGAUCAGGAGCUGUUCUUUCAAGUUGACAUGGAUCAUGUAGAAAUCUCCUUGUUCCCCACUCGGGGUCAUCCGCUUUUCCAACAGAUUCUCGCCGUGCUGAACGAAAUGUUGGCUGCAUGCAAACACACUCAGUCAACAGAAGAUAGUGUACUGGUUGACGAUGAAGAUCAACACGUGCUGUCCGACAGCAUUACAUAUAGUUCCGGAGCCGCAACCCCGAGUAGCUCGAAGAUUCUCGAGGAGUUCCAUAUGCAAAGAGUGGACCGUCAAAUCAAUCUUCCCUGCAGGAGCAUCUUCCCUCAUAAAGAGAACCCAAACUUUAUUGGUAGGGCGAGUAUCCUCGAGACCAUGUAUAGGGUACUGUACCCUGACGUUCCAUGGUUGUUGAUAUUUGACAAUGCGGAUAAUCCAGAUAGCUCAUUCCUGGAUAAAUUCUGGCCGCAGUGCAGUAAUGGUGCGAUUCUGAUCACGAGCAGAGUGAGAACAUUGGCGACCAGCUUCGGGGGUCAAGUUCUCCAGCCCUUGCAAGAAGGAGAGGCAGUCGACCUCUUAGUCAAAUUGACCCGGAGCCAGGGCCCCGAUGCAUCCGAGCAGGCGUCUGGUCAUGAAGAGCUUCAAGUAGAGCAGCGAGAGGCAGCGCGGCAAAUUGUGCGCCGCUUGGGAUGCCUGCCUCUUGGGAUCUACCAAGCGUCCAAACUGAUAGUAAACGAUUUUUGCCUACUCACCGACUUCCUCUCAGCAUACGACUAUCGCGACUUGGUCAACCCCCCGGAGAGCGCAAGAAUAUUCCGUAAUCCUAACGAAGAGCCUUAUCGACACACACUUUUGAAUGUCUGGUCAAUGAACUUUGAGAGCCUUUCCCAGGACUCUCAGACGCUUGUUAAUGUCCUUUCCUUUCUAAAUCCCGACAGUAUUGAACUUGAACUGCUAGCCAAAGGCGCCCAGAAGAUGUCACGGGCCGGAAAAAAUGACUGGUCUAUCAUUGACAGCACUAAAAAGUUGACGCAGCAAAAAGCUGGCAUUUUACAAAGCUCGCUGGUGGACCAAAACUCUGCGACAAAAACCCUCUCCAUGCACAGGCUUGUACAGGCGGCCUGUCAGUACCGCAUGGCUCCAGAAAAUCGACAAGACACCUUCGAAAUGGCAUUGAGCCUUCUUCACCAUAUGUGGCCUGUUGCACCUCGAAAUAACAGGCACAGACCUGAUCUUUGGCCCUCUCACGCACGCUUACUACCUCAUGUUUUAUCUCUUUGCCGAUUCUACGAGGAUUCGCAAGAAGACGCAACUCCCAUUAGUGGGACACUAGAAUUCGCUGAGCUUCUGUACAACGCUUCUUGGUAUAAUUACGAGCGUGGGACCUUUGAACACCUGGAGCCUCUCCUGCGUGCAGCCGAGCACUAUUGCCUCAGACAUGAAAAUUGCGAAGUGGUUUUGGCAGAUAUUUAUGGAGCUAAAGCUUCCGUUGCGACAGAAACAAAUCGACAAGACACGGCAUUGGAAAACUUCCAACUCCAAUAUACAUUCUUAGACCGAGCAAUUGCCAAAGGAACGAUAGAAUUGCCACACAUCCGUUACUGCUUUGCCCUUGGAGGAAUGGGAAAUGGAACCCAGGGUAUGAGUCAAUACGUAAAUGCAGAGCAAUGGUACCGCGAGUGCUACAAGGCGUAUGACGGACUGGAUGGUGACCGGAAAAUAUACGGCGGCAACCUGGCUUUUUGUUUGAUCUGGCAGGGUAAGCUAGCUGAAGCGGAGGACAUCCUGAGUCCGCUGAUCAAAGACGCACCUGACAUGGAGUUCAAAACUGGGUACAUCAUGUAUCCGCUAGGGAAUUUGCAGAUUGCGCAAGGCGAAUGGGAAAAGGCGUUCAGAACGCAUUCCCAUGCCCUCAAGAUUUACCAGCACACCCUUGGCGACAAACACCACAGAACCGCAGACCUGUGCUACAAGGUUGGGUGGCAUUAUCAUGCCCGCAAGCAAUACGUGGAGGCGAUGGAUUUACUCCACCAAGCGCUUUGUGUCUUUGAUGCUCGGCCUACAUGGUACCGCAACGAGAUAUCCAGGACAAAAUACAAACUCGGAUGUGUUCUCCAGGACAUGGGGAAGCUGAAUGAGGGCAGCCAGCUGAUCAAUGACGCCGAACAAAUCCGAAGAGACAUUCUUGGACCGGGCGUGGCACCAGGUGAUGAACGCAAUUUUGACGAGCUGGUGAUGUUUUGGUCGCGCUAA